CGCAGGUGCACUUGCGUCUCACCGUUACCAUAGCGACUGGGCCUCUGGACUGCAGAUCCUAACUGCCUUGUCAACAUCUUUGAGCAUCGGCAGCUCCGGAGGCCGGGCAGGUAGGAAACUAUGUGAAAGAAUCUCCUGAUGUCAUAAUUUCCGGGUGUCACUGGAACAUUUGAUCAUCAUUCCUUUGGCAAUUCCAGCCUUCUAUGGAAGGCCAGUAGAAAGCAUUGAUUUAUUCACCUCUACAGGAAUCAGACUCAGCCUCUUUUGGUUUUCAGUGAAUUAUGCCUUUUCGAUUUGGAACCCAGCCAAGGAGGUUUCCAGUGGAAGGAGGAGACUCUUCAAUUGGGCUGGAACCGGGGCUGAGCUCCAGUGCUGCCUGUAAUGGGAAGGAGAUGUCACCAACCAGGCAACUCCGGAGGUGCCCUGGAAGUCAUUGCCUGACAAUAACUGAUGUUCCUAUCACUGUCUAUGCAACAAUGAGAAAGCCACCUGCACAAAGCAGCAAGGAAAUGCAUCCUAAAUAGCACCAUUAAGUCUUUUGUCAAGGUCUGACUAGGUCAAGGGUAAUGGACCAGUAUCAUCUGCUGAUCUGGUAAACAAAUAAAAGUGGUGGCACCUUUAGAUGAUGACAA